AUGAGGCGGAUUUUUGGCACCAGCAAGAAGGAACCACCACCAGACUUGAAUAAUGCCAUUGCGAACAUCGAAUCCCGAGGCGAAAGCAUCGAGAAGAAGAUAGCAAAACUAGAUGGAGAACUAGUAAAACUUCGAGAUCAGAUGGCUAAAAUGCGAGAAGGGCCAACUAAGAAUAUGUUGAAGCAAAAGGCGUUGAGAAUUCUCAAGCAGAAACGAAUGUACGAAAACCAGAAAGGACAACUCGAUCAGCAGGCUUUCAAUAUGGAUCAAAGUAAUUUUGCUAUUCAAGGAAUGAAGGAUAAUCAGACUAUGCAGAAAGAGUUUAAGAAAAUGGACAUAGACAAGAUUGAGGACAUGCAGGAUCAAAUGGAAGAUAUGUUGGAUAUGAACAACGAGAUCCAGGAGGCAAUGAGUCGUCAGUAUGACACACCAGAUAUCGACGAAGCUGAUCUUGAAGCUGAGCUAGCAUUGCUAGGAGACGAGCUUGACCUUGGUGAAACUGACACAAACUAUUUGGACGAGGCUCUCAGUGCACCAGGAGUUCCCUCAGCGAAGCCUACAAGUUCUAAGGUGGCCGAAGGGUUAGAGGUUGACGAGUUUGGUCUUCCGAAGAUUCCGGCCUGA